ACUGGAUUCUUUUUACCUUAUAUUACAUGGUUUCAUCUAUUAUCUGAUUUAGAUUUGUUAUGCAUAUGAUAUUCUUAUCUAGGAGCUUAUCUAAAAUUCAAUAAGAAACCGAGAUAAAUAAUAGUAUUUUGCUUGAUUGUUAGUAAAAAUUAUACUGCUUCAUUUUUCUUUUUUUUUUGGAGGUAUUUCAAGUGUUAUAAUAAACUUUGCAUAUAUUGCAAGACAUGGAUACCUUUCCUAUGCAAAGGUAUGAAACAAAGAUAGAAAGUUUUGAUACAUGCAUGAUUGAUGCUACGAAUCAACAGAGAGAAAUAUCUCAAACAGUAAGCAGACAAGUGCCAUCUCAAACAAUUGAAGUUGAAAAUCAAGAAAAUCAUGAGACUUCAAGUUUACAUCAGCAGCAACAAAAUCAACAACCACAACAGCAAGAAUCACAGCAACAAAAUCAACAGGAUCAACCUAAUCAAAUUUCUCAGAUACAAUCAAAUACUCAACAAAGUAUGACCCUUACUCCAGUUCGAUUACCAGCUAUUCUGGAUGGAGAAUUCUUUACAGUAAUUAGAGUAGAAGAUACUAAUGUAACAGUUCGUUGUUUACAGUGCCAAAAGCACUUGAAUGGAAAUUUAAAAUCCACAGGAAAUUUUUUAAGUCAUAUUAAAAGAGUACAUCCCUUUAUGGUUGAUAAAAUUAAAUGUAAGUCAAAUCAGAGAAAACCUGCUAUGGUAUAUAUUGACCUAUCAGCUGAUAAAUACCCAAAAAUUGUAAGAACAAAAAGGGGAUAUAGAAAGUGUUAUCAGACAGAAGAAUUUCAACUAGGAAACGAAGAAACUUUUGAUCAAUCCAAUAAGUGGACUGAAUCCCCAGUAGUUCAUAGACAUAAAACAGAAGAAAUUGAAUCUCCUGAUGUUUUGAAAAUACCACAUAAUAAUUCUUUUGUAAUGGAAGAUGAAUUUGAUGCAAUUGGACGAAAUGUUGCUGCAAAGCUUAGAAAUAUGAGAAUAGACCAAAGAAUUAUAGCUGAAAAGUUAUUGAAUGAUAUUUUAUUUGAAGCACAAUUAGGAAAUCUCCACAGAGAUUCUAAUAUACAUGUAUAAUAGCAAUUAUUCUAUUUACUAAAGAAAAGACGGAUAUGUAAGUAAAUCAUACUGUGAAUAUACAGUAGAGUAUCCUUACUACCCGUGAAAAUGAUUUUGGUAAUAAUUCGUCAUCUAUUUCCAAUAUCAGUGGAUACUGAGAGUUGCAAACAAUUGAUGACACCUUACUGCAAUUGCAUAGGUGUAUAAAUAAGUCUCAUUAUUAUUUUUUGGCGGUUUAGCUAGUGAAUGGAAAUGGCAGUAAGGUAUCCUAGUAAGCCCUUGCCUUAGACGCGGGGAUAUGGAUGAACAGAAAUUAUUUAUAGGAAUGGAAAGGCUCGUUAAAUAGUAGCGAAACAGUCGGCCAUAAUUUUAUGCGUCGUCUAGUGGCGAUGAUCGUAGGAAUGAAACCGCCACAAUUUAAUGAAUGAAAUUGAUGAAUACAUCUUUAUUAAUAUUGUUGUAUGUAUUACUUUAAUAAUAGUAACGUUAAAGUGUUUUAAAACUAAGCAGUCAGAUAUAAAUGAUGUGAUAUAUUUUACAUAUAUAUUUUUUAGUUCAUAUUAUGCAUAUCGUAAGUAAGUGGUUUCAAUAAACCUCUACUCAAAAAUAUCUUUAAAGAUGAAGACAUAGAUUAAAAGAUACACAUAUUUUAAUACUUUAAGUAUUUAAAUAGGUAUUUACAAUUAUUUCAGUAUGUAUAUAUAUUACAUGCUGUUAUAUGUAUAUUUAUACAAGGUGUCACUAAUCUGAUGAUACAAUUGAGAAGGUGAUUCUAUAUGAAAAAAUAAAUUGAAAAUAUAAUA